AUGUGUGUGGAAAAGCUUCUUGACAAGGAGUCACCAUCACUGGAUACGAUCAAGAUGCAGGUAUACUUCGAGCUGAACCAUCUAGAGAGAAGUGAGUUACUUGAAAUCACUGUCUCUGACUUUUUGGCCGAGCAUCAUCGAGUAAUGCAAGCGCGUUUGGAACCAGUCAUUCAAGAAGCGAUAGAUGCUCGAGCACGGACGCGGGAAGAAAUGGAGGACGUAUAUCGUAAAAUAAUAUCUGCUGUUCUUCUACGUUCUGGCUUAGGCUCACCAACAAACGUGGAGGUUGUGAGGGAAACCACGGCGGCUCUUCAAAGCAUAUUCCCUCAAACCGAUGUUGGAACCUAUUUGACAUCUAGUGCUGUUCAAAAGCGCAACCAACUAAGCGAGCUUACAGGGAUCGUGACCGGAAUUCGUUUGUUCAACAAAGACUGUUGCAAAGGUGGCUCGGGGAUCGAUGAUAUUCCGUUUAUAUUGGCCCAAGGAAUCCCAGCCUCACUGAAUACUUUACACGAUGAAUUAAAUGUUGCGAGGGAGCUAGCUGCCACAUAUACUAGUUUGUUUCAAAAGAUCAUGGGACUCGACCCAGACCCUAAAGUGCUCAGCUCGGCCACUGUGACCGCAAAAGUUGCUGAACAGGACGGGAUCACGGCAGAUUUGAUUCGGGCAGCAGUAAUCAAUGCUCGACAAUAUAUAGCUUAUUUAAUUCAACUGGAAGCAGUGCUGAUCAAAAUGACCACUGUGGACGAUCGAUUGUGCUCUGAUUUCAAGGCCAAGCUUAACCAACUUCGUCAGCUUAUUCGUGAUCGACCGGCAGUUCCAAGCAUGGAAGUAUACCCUUUAUUUUUGGAGCUUUCAAAUAUUUGGAAAGAUCUACAAAAUGAAGCGGUUCUAUUGUCGGUUCUGACUAGUACAUUGAACGGUAUACAAUCCUAUUUUGUCGGAAGACGCCUCAAGUGGAAACGUGAAAAAUUGCUUCACUUGAUUUCUGAUGCGGAAAUAGAUUUCGAUGAUAAAAGAAGAUGCAUUUGCGCAACUUAUGCUAAUGAAGAUGAAUAUGAAAGGUUAUUGCAGUCUCUGUUACAAUUUGUCUUUGAUCUGCCAAAAAUCAUAUGCAAAGCCUAUUUAUUGUUUCAUGUUUGUCAGGGAUUUUGCGCUUGGUCACUGAUACGUUAUCAAGGCCUGCUGGUACCGGCCGAUCGAUCAUUAGGAUAUUUGUUAAUGCCUCCGGAUAACCGUCUCUAUGCAUUCUGCUCACCGGAGGCAGCACGAGAUUUCAUGUUAGCUGCAGAAAGCUUUCUCCGAGCCGUACCGGAUGUGGUUCGUCGUUUACCGGAACUGAUUCAAUUUUUGAAGCUGACUGAUGUGUUUGCUAAAGGUAUUCCCGGACCUAAAGACGUUCAGCUGAUUGACAAGCACAUGGGUCAUACGGACGCUGGCAUGCAAACCGAAGUGCAUCCGAUUGACAGUUAUAUCGAUAAAGAUUACGAAUGGAACGAAUGGGAACUGCGAAAGAAAGCACUAAAACUGGCUAAUUUGCGCAAGAAAGCCACCAGCUCUGUGCAAACAAUUCUGAGUAACUGGCGACGAGACAACGGAACUCAAGUCUAUUUACUGAAGGACUCUGGAACUACCACGAAAGACGAUGGUUAUACCCAAGUACCAAGGCCCUCUGUGUUUCACCACGGUUUACGUGGAUGUGGUGGCAUAGACGAAGCGGUCGGUGCCAAAGCAGCCAUUAUUGGAAACGAGAGUUGGUGUGCCGUGUAUCGCGAAACCAACGCUACUACAGUCGACUUAACGAUCCCUGUGGAGCAACAGCUGUUGGGCAGUUUGAACAAAGGGAGGAUAACCUGGUAUUGA